AUGAUGUUUAUCCGUCGUCACCUUGAUGAAGGAUUGAAGAGUGAGUACCUAACUGUUGAAGAUCCAUUAGCCCUCUGGAAGACAUUGAGAAAUAGAUACAAUCACCAGAAAAUGGUGAUUCUUCCAAAGACUCUUUAUGAAUGGCUGCAUCUAAGGAUCCAAGAUUUCAAGUCGGUGGCUGAGUACGAUUUCAUAAUGUUCAGAAUUAGCUCUCAGAUGAAGCUUUAUGGGGAGACCAUCACUAAGGAAGAUAUACUGGAAAAGACUUUCAGCACCUUUCAUGCCUCCAACGUGCUCCUGCAACAGCAGUAUAGCGAACGAGGCUUUAUUGAGUACAACCAGCUGAUAUCGGUGCUCCUUAUGGCUGAACAACAAUGA